ACUUUCCUGGUUAUAAUUUAUUGAUUUCUGGUUAUAAUUUAUCUGUCAUGUUAAGCUUUAAGACGAAUAUUUACUGAGGAAGACUCUCGGUUAGCAUGCUAACAGCUAGCCGGCUGCCGGCUGCGCUGUAGAGUAACUUUAAGCGUGUAGCUUCCGUUAGCUUUUAUUAGCUCCUAUUAGCUCGGUGAAAGUUAAAGUUCAGCGGCCAUAACAAACAGCAGAUGGGGCAGCUAACCGCUGAGCUAACAGCUGAGCUAACCGCCUCACUUCACCCAGGAGCCCGCUGGCUGUGAGCUGGCCCUGCUCCAGGACUGUUAGCUAGCCGGGAUCCCUGUCAGCCAGCAUGGGAGACGAUAACGGAGUUAACGGGGACCUGAACGCCAACCUGAGGUGCCCGAGCACCGGCGACCCGCAGCUGGACAAGGCGGUGCAGCAGUGGUUAACCUGGGACAAGAACCGCUGGACCCGGGCUCAGGUGGAGUCUCUGGUGGCGGCGGGUCGGUGGGAGGAGCUGAGGUCCAGACUCUGCAGCAGGAUGAGCUUCGGUACCGCCGGACUGAGGGCGCCGAUGGGAGCCGGAUUCAACCGCAUCAACGACCUCACCGUCAUCCAGUCCACACAGGGUUUGUUCAGUUACCUGUGCAGGUAUUUCCCAGACUUCAGCAGCAGAGGGGUGGUGGUUGGUUUCGACACCAGAGGACAGGAGGAGAGCGGCUGCAGCAGCGAGCGUUUGGCGAGGCUGACGGCCGCCGUGAUGCUCAGCAGAGACGUUCCCGUUCAUCUCUUCUCCGCGUUCGUCCCCACGCCGUACGUGCCGUACGCUGUGAAGAAGCUCGGAGCGGCGGCCGGAGUGAUGAUCACCGCCUCACACAACCCCAAAGAAGACAACGGAUACAAGGUGUACUGGUGUAACGGCGCCCAGAUCUCCUCACCUCACGACAAGGAGAUCCUGCGGAGCAUCGACGGGCAGCUGGAGCCCUGGAGCACCUCCUGCUGGGAGGAGGAGCUGGUGGAGAGCUGCUCCCUGAGGACCGACCCCCUGACCCAGAUCAACAGCUGCUACAUGGAGGAGCUCACCUCCCUCUGCUUCCACAGGGAUCUGAACAGCAGAUGUCCGUUGAAGUUCGUCCACUCGUCCUUCCACGGUGUCGGACACACCUUCGUCCAGCAGGCCUUCCAGACGUUCGGCUUCACUCCGCCGAUCCCCGUCCCCGAGCAGAAAGACCCGGACCCGAACUUCUCCUCGGUCCACCUCCCGAACCCUGAGGAGGGGGAGUCGGUCCUGGAGCUUUCUCUUCUUCUGGCAGAGCGGGAGAACGCGCCCGUCGUCCUGGCGACAGAUCCCGACGCUGAUCGUUUGGCUGUAGCCGAGAAGUCUGACGGGUGCGGCUGGAAGGUGUUCACAGGUAACGAGCUGGCGGCUCUGCUGGGUUGGUGGAUGUUCUUCAACUGGAAGGAGUCUCAUCCGGAUCCUGCGGAGACUCAGAGCGUCUACAUGUUGGCCACCACAGUGUCCUCAAAGAUCCUGCAGGCCUUCGCUCGCACCGAGGGUUUCCACUUCGAGGAAACUCUUCCUGGGUUUAAAUGGAUCGGGAACAGAAUGCACGAACUCGCCAAAACAGGAAACACGGUCAUAUUUUCCUUCGAGGAGUCGAUCGGGUUCCUGUGCGGCAGUUUGGUUCCCGACAAAGACGGCGUGAGCUCGGCGGUGGUCGUGGCCGAGAUGGCUUCUUACCUCCACAACAAGAAUCUGAGUCUGAACCAACAGCUGCACAACAUCUACCAGACGUACGGUUAUCAUGUUUCUAAAACCUCGUACGUCAUCUGUAACGACGCGCCCACCAUCCACAAAAUCUUCAGUCGCAUCAGAAACUUUGACGGCGAGGGUUCGUACCCGAAGACGUGCGGCGGCGUCCGGAUCGUCCACGUCAGAGACGUCACCACGGGAUACGACAGCAGCAAGCCCGACCUCAGAUCCGUUCUUCCCGUGGCGAGGAGCAGUCAGAUGAUCACCUUCACGCUGCAGAACGGAGUCGUGGCCACGCUGAGGACGAGCGGCACCGAACCCAAAAUCAAAUAUUACACCGAGUUCUGCGCCGCGCCGGGAAAAAGUGAGGUGUCCAGUCUGGAGGCGGAGCUCAGGAAGGUGACCGCCGCUCUGGUGGACGAGUUCCUGGAGCCCGAGAAGAACAACCUGAUCCGGCGCCGUGUCUAGCCCCGCCCCCCCUCAUACCUGUGGCUGUUUCAUGUCGGUGAUGUCACAUCCUGUUGUAUUUGGUUCAUCAGUUCAGACUCUGAAAGCGCAGACGGACGUUCAAUGUUAGAAAUCAACAGAUAUAAUCAAUAUCCAGCACGUCUGUGAACUUCCUGAUUAUUAAUCAUCACGCAGCACAGAGCAUGAUGGGUAAUGGAGUCCAGUUAUUAAAGUGUAUUUUCAUAGAAAUGAGCCAAAUAUUUGUUUUCAGUGUUUUAAAGGCGUCAGAUAAAUCAGUAUUAUAUGGAAGCUCGUUAACUACAAAACUACUGAGAGCACAAAACAAAUUGAGAAUAAUCAAUAAUAAUGAUUCUGUACGGCAGCGCGUUGCUGCCAACACAACAACACGACAACACGACAAUACGUUACCCGUCAAACUUUACAAACAGCUGACUUUCUUUCUGAUCUUGUUAAGAAAUAUGAAGAUAUGUUCAUUAUUAUGAAUAUAAUUAUUACACAAAAUCAACAUUUUCUUUAGAAUUAGAAAGUUGGUGUGUUGUUAUUUAAACAAUAUGUUGAUUUUGUGUUUCUUCAUAUAACGAGAAAAAAAUAUUUAUUAUUAUUAAUAUUAUUCUUAUUAUAAGAAGAUUUUAAAAAAGAAUGUUAUUAUAAUGACAAACAGGUUUUUUGUGGCAGCAACAAGCCACAAAGUGACAUUUACUCAUCCAGCUGAAACAGGAAGUUUGUCGACUGCUAGCUAGUGGCUAGUUGGUGAGCUGCUGUAGCUGAUGAGCUAACGGCUAGCAGGAGGUUACUUCCUCCAGACAUUGUGGUCACUAUUUCAUUUCAACAGAAAGUUACUGAAGCGCUCUGACAGUCAGAAGAUGUAUUUGACAGAGGAGCUUCAAUAAAACUGGAUGUUAGCAAUGUAGCUAAUAAGCUACGAUGGCUUCCUCUGUAAGAUCAGCUCAGUAAAGACGGCUCCUUAUUGGUCAAUUCAUGUGUCAAAGUUCACAAAAGUUGCUGUGAAACUUUCAACAAAGUUUAGUUUUUCAACCAAAGUCCUGUUUUGUUUUUUCGGAGGCGAGUUUGAAAUUUGCUUCAUUGUUUUUCUUGAUUCACACUAAAGCAAAAGUCAACGUUUCUUUCUGCACAAACAGUCAUAUAUAAAGUACAGAGAAAGAAAGUCACUUCUCACCAACGUGCCAAAGAAAUAAUCAAACUAAAGUAUCAAAAAUAUGCAUUAAAACAUGAAAAAACAUAUGCUGAGAAAUAUUCUUUUACCUUAAGAGUACACAUUAAACUUCAGCUCAAUGUUAAGAGAUACAACAAUAAAACAUUAUUAAUAAAUAAAACUGAAGACCAAAGAAGCAGAAACCAACAGGAAGCGCUGAAAAUUGAUCCAGAAUCCAACAAGAGUCUCUGAUUGGCUGGUUCUCUUCUCUGAUUGGCUGGUUUUCUUCUCUGAUUGGCUGGUUCUCUUCUCUGAUUGGCUGGUUCUCUUCUCUGAUUGGCUGGUUCUCUUCUCUGAAUGGCUGGUUCUCCUCUCUGAUUGGCUGGUUCUGGCAGCAGUGCUCUCUGGGAGUUGUAGUUAAAGUCAUUCUUUGGCUUUUUGUUGGUGAAGCAGAAUUUUUAGCUCAUUAAUCUUAUUUGAGCUUCAACUAUUAGCUGAUUGACUCACAGAUGAAAAGAAAAUGAAUUGACAAUUUUGAUAAUUCAUUAAACAUUAAUGUUUUUUUUUUUAAAGCAAAAAGACCAAAAAAUCUCUGGAGUCAGUUUUUCAGAUGUCUCAGAUUUCCUACUUUUCUCAGUUUUAUGUUUUAAUAUCUUUUGGACUGAUGCACAGUUUGUUUGUGAUUUCUGACAUGUAAUAGAUUAAAUGAUCAAUUGAUCAGUAAUGAAUAUAAUUAUUAGCAGCAGACCUGAGACAGCUCUUUCUUGUGCUAUAUCAGUAGUUUUGUCAUGAAUGAGCUUCCGUACAUAAAUCAGCUCAGCGCUUUUUUUUUUUGUGUUCUUGAUGUUCAGCUGAAUGUUUACCUUCACACGCUGUUGAUGUUAUUUAUUUUUAUACUCAGAAGGAUAGAAGAUAUUUAUGUGAGAGCUCGUGUGGAGGUGAUGAUGUUCAUGAUGUGUUUAUGUGCGGUCGGUUAUUUUCAUACACAAGCUGUUAAAUCUCUUGUUUCUCAGUUUGGUUGUCGGGACGGAGGACAGAGUGAGAGCUCUGUGCAGCUCAGAGAUCAGUUUGUGUUUCAGUCAGAUGUUAAAAAUAAAAGACGGUUGUUGAUGUUCUCUGAUGAUCCACCAAUAAAAAAACCUUAAAGUUUUAAAA